AUGGCUCUCCUGGUCGUCCCGCUGCUCCUGCAGACAGGGCUCGUUUGGGGAUCGAACUACGGGUACGUGGAGUGGUCGGAUAGCGAGCGGGAGGAGAAGCACCCGUCUGUCAUCAACAGAGAGGCGCCCCACCACCCGACCUACUCCCCGCUGCCGGCCACCGACCGCGCGGUGGUGGCGCACAAGAUCGAGGAGGACCUCCCGAGGGUGGUGACCGCGUUCCUGCACUCCGGGGACUCCUCGGCGCUCAGGCAGGUCAACUGCUCGCGGAGGUACGAGCUUAGCAGCCUGCGAGGCGGCCUGCACGUCGCCUCCCACUACUCCCUCCACAGCAUCCUGGACACCGUGGCGCACGCCACAAACCUCCUGAACAUGAUCCUUCAGGCCAACAGGUCCCGGGAGCAAACCUCGCGGAGGGACGUGCACUGGUACCACGCGCUGGUCCAGAGUAUCCUCGAAGGGGACCCCAAAAUCCACAGGGCGGUGGUGACGUUCCACGCGGACGCACCGACGCAGGGCCCGAGCGUUUUCCUCCAGGCGACCAGGACGGAGAAGGAGGUGGUGCUGCAGGACUUGACCGGCUCCGCGCACCCUUACCUGAGGAGCAGGAGCCCGGAGUCGGACUGGUUCAAUGAUUUCAGGGACGGCAGGAGACCACACAUGCACAGAAGAGUCCCGGAGUUAUCGGGCACGAAGAGUGGGAGUUACCUUCUCGACAAGAACCAGAUCAAGUGGUCGGCACCGUACCUGGAGUGCGAACACGGGGCGUUUGUGCCCUAUUGGCUGCUCACAUUGUCUGCUGGCUUCUAUGGACUGAAGAGCGACUUUGCACCAGAGUUCAGGGGUGUGAUUCGUGUGGACGUGAACCUGCAGGAUGUGGACAUCGACCAGUGCUCCAGCAGCGGCUGGUUCGCUGGGACUCACCGCUGUAAUCUCACUAGCAUGGAGUGCAUUCCCAUCGCCGGCCAUGGAUUUGUGUUGGACAAGUACAAGUGCCAGUGCAGGAGCGGAUUCUACCAUUCCAGCCGAGUGGUGCUCAAUGGCUUUAAAAGUAAGGAGCAGGGCUCUAACAGAGACGAGACGGCGGACGCGUCCACUAAGUGCAUGCCGUGCCGCGAGGGCUGCUCCUAUUGCCGGGACGACGCGCCGUGCCUGGUGCACGAGGAUGGUCCCCUGCGGCUCACGCUGGCCUCCUUCCAGGGUCUGUGCAUGGUGCUGGACCUGGCCAGCAUGGUGCUGGUCUACCACUUCAGGAGGAAGAAGAGGAUCCGCACAUCUGGUCUCAUUCUACUGGAAGCCAUUUUGUUCGGGUCUUUACUGCUCUACUUUCCAGUGAUGAUCAUGUACUUCCAUCCCAGUGUGUUUCGCUGUAUCCUCCUGAGGUGGGUUCGCCUCCUGGGUUUCGCCGUUAUGUACGGAACUGUCAUCCUCAAGCUCUACAGGGUGUUAAAGGUGUUCCUGUCCCGCACCGCCCAGAGGACGCCUUACAUGACCAGCUGGCGGGUCCUGCGGCUGCUAGUGGUGAUCCUGGUGGUGGUGCUGUGGUUCCUGGUGGCCUGGACCUCCUCGGUGUGCCAGAACCCCCAGCUGAGCCAGGCCGUGAUCACUGCAGGCCUCACGCCGGAGGGCCUGCAGUUCAGCAUGUGUCUGCUGGAUCGAUGGGACUACAUGAUGGCCGUCGCGGAGUUCCUGUUCCUGCUGUGGGGCGUCUACCUCUGCUACGCAGUCCGCACCGUACCGUCGGCCUUCCACGAGCCGCGUUACAUGGCGGUGGCCAUCUACAACGAGCUCCUCAUAUCCGCCAUCUUCCAUAUCAUCAGGUUCACUCUGGUGCCGGGCCUUCACCCCGACUGGAUGCUCAUGUUGUUCUUUGCUCACACUCACCUGACUGUGACUGUGACCCUCGGCCUGCUGCUUGUUCCAAAGUUCUUCUCCAAAGGGACUCAGGCCAGGGACGAUAUUGCCACUGAGCCCUAUGAGGAGGAGCUGGACAUGGGAAGGUCUGGCUCUUACCCCAAUAACAGCAUUACCUCGGCCUGGAGUGAGCACAGCUUGGACCCUGAGGAUAUACGGGAUGAGUUGAAGAAGCUGUAUGCCCAGCUGGAGGUCUACAAGCAUAAGAAGAUGCUAGCCAACAACCCUCACCUCCAAAAGAAACGCAACUCAAAGAAGGGGCUGGGACGCACUUUGAUGAAACGGAUAACGGAGAUCCCAGAGAGCAUGCACAUACACCGCCAGUGCAGCCGCGAGGACGGCAGUGAACACGGCAGCAAUCGCAGCACCUUGAGGAGAAACCCAUUCGAACCGAGUCAUCACGGUAAACCUCGGGACGACUCCCAGAAGAACAAAGUCAUAAGCCUGAAGAAGUCCCUCAGCUACGACCAUGUUUGUGACCAGGAGGAAGAAACCGAGCGCCAAACCGACUCGACAGCAGGAGACAACGUGACUCCCGUUGGAGGUGGCGGGGAAGGAUCUCUUCUGGGUUCUCUGAUUGGCCGGAAAAACACCAAGAAGCAGCUGGAACCAUCCGCCACCCCGCCGAGGCUGGAACCGGCCGAGUCCACCGAGUCGGUUCCACUGUUCUGGAAAUCGGCCAGCGCCCACAACCUGACGCACGAGAAAAAGCCCGUCCACCUGCGGACCUCCAUCAUGCAGAAGUCUCUGAGUGUGAUUGCGAGUGCCAAGGAGAAGAUGCCGGGGAUGACCAACAAGACGCAAGCCGGGGAGGACGCCAAUAAGAAGAGUCAAAAGGGACAGGACGAGAGGACGCUGUCCGAGGUGGAUGAGACGCCUGAGCAUUACCCCAAGAUGAUCAUCAGCCAGUCGGUGGAGUACUCCAAGACGCCUAUGAAGAUGGGAAUCAUGAAACAACAGGUGAGUGGCAGCCAGCCAUCCAUUUGCUCCGAGACGGGGAGGAACCUCUACGACGUGUCCGAGGUUUGUCCCUGGGAUCUGGAAGAACCUCAGACUCCCACAGAAGCCAAGACCCAGAAACACGUUUCCAUCGCUCCCGGAGAAACCACGGCGGACCGGAGAGGCAGCAGCAGCAGCAGCGCUGGAAUAAGCAAAGGUAGCCGUUCCCAGCAGAGGCAGAAGGCGGGGCAGUCCCCUGCCAACAGACGCCGCUCCAAAGAUAAAGGAGCAGAGAGGGAGGAGGCGGGGCGGGAGGUGCGGAAACCCCGACCGCCCAGGUCACCUCUCCCUCUCAAGCCAGACAUCUGUCCCUGGGACUUUGAUGAGCAGCCCGCGCUCGGAGGAGACUCAGAGUCCAUCUCGCCGGACAGGAUCAGGCGUAAGAGGAGCGUCACGCCCACCGACGGGAAGCCCAAGGGGCUUCACUCAGACCACUCCAAGUCCACGGGGAGCCUUUUGCAGCCCCCCUCCCUGAUGGUGGAGAUCUGCCCGUGGGAUUACACCAGCCCGCCUUCGCCCAAGCAGGAAAGGGCCUGCAAAAGCCCCACCACCACACACAAGAAGAAACGGAAAGGCUCCUGCUCGUCCAACCACAAGGCCGAGAGGGAGAAAGCGAGGGAGAAGAGCAGAGAGAGACGGAGCUCCUCCAGCAAGCCGCCGGCGCCCGAGAAGAGACGCGUCAGCCAGUCGUCAGAGUGCAGCGGGCCGGCGUCCGAGCGGCGGAGGAGCUCGACCAGAGACCCAGAGGUGACGGAGGUCAGGAGGGCGGAGGUUCCCUCCCGGGAGACGGAGCAGCCCUCGCACGGCGGCUUUGUUCAGACUAAAAAACCCACAGAGAAGAAAAGGGAGAACUCUGUGAGAGCCGUCAGCGGGGCGAAAGCGGCCGACGUUUGCCCCUGGGACUUCGAGGAGCAAGACUCUGGAGAGAGGGCAUGA